CAGCAAAGCUGCUCUGUAGUCCCGAGAAGGCCUGCUGAGCAUGUGUAAAGAGCGCCGCGCAUGCUCCGUGAAGUGGGCAGGUUUACCGAGGCGCUAGCUGAGGCUUUUACUACUCUUCACCCGCCUCCCCCGCCUAGCACGCCCCCCUCCCCUAUUUCCCACCCCCACCACGCGGUCUCCCGCAUCCACCCCGCCCCUCCUUCCCACCCCCCCACCCCAGUCUGGGGAAUCUCCAUUGACGUUCGGGUGACGCCGCCGUGCUGCCGCCGUGGGGGGUUCCAGGCGCCGCACAGCAGUGUGCGGCGAAGACCCCUGGGUCCCAGCCUCUGAGGGACCCCGCGGCGAGUGCAGUGGGCGCUGAAGGCGGGGCUGGGGGUCACAGCGGAGAAGGCGGCAGCAGCAGCAGCGGGCCAGUUCAAUAGAUAGGAUGCACGGCCGCGCUGGCGGUCCGCAGCUCCUGUUCGAGUGCUUCUGAAAGGGCGAUGCUACCAAUCCCUCCUCAGGAAGAGCCCUGGGACCAAGGCAUGGAGGUGUUCGGCGGCGGCGGCGGCGGCGGCACGAACAGUGGCGAGGUAAAUGGUCUUAAAAUGGUUGAUGAGCCAAUGGACGAGGGAGAAGCAGAUACUUGCCUUGAUGAUGGUGUUGUUAAAGAAAUCCCUAUUACUCAUCAUGUUAAGGAAGGUUAUGAGAAAGCAGAUCCUGCCCAAUUUGAAUUGCUCAAGGUUCUUGGUCAGGGAUCAUUUGGAAAGGUUUUUCUGGUCAGAAAGAAGACUGGUCCUGAUGCUGGGCAACUCUAUGCAAUGAAGGUGUUAAAAAAAGCUUCUUUAAAAGUUCGAGACCGAGUUCGUACAAAGAUGGAGAGGGAUAUACUGGUGGAAGUAAAUCAUCCAUUUAUUGUCAAAUUGCACUAUGCUUUUCAGACUGAAGGGAAGCUGUAUUUAAUAUUGGAUUUUCUCAGGGGAGGAGAUGUCUUCACAAGAUUAUCCAAAGAGGUUCUGUUUACAGAGGAAGAUGUGAAAUUUUACCUUGCAGAACUGGCCCUUGCUUUGGAUCAUCUGCAUCAAUUAGGAAUUGUAUAUAGAGACCUGAAGCCAGAAAACAUUUUGCUUGAUGAAAUAGGACAUAUCAAGUUAACAGACUUUGGACUCAGCAAGGAGUCAGUAGAUCAGGAAAAAAAGGCCUACUCAUUUUGUGGUACAGUAGAGUAUAUGGCUCCUGAAGUAGUAAAUCGGAGAGGCCAUUCACAGAGUGCUGAUUGGUGGUCAUAUGGUGUACUUAUGUUUGAAAUGCUCACUGGUACUCUACCAUUUCAAGGGAAAGACAGAAAUGAGACCAUGAAUAUGAUAUUAAAAGCAAAACUUGGAAUGCCUCAGUUUCUUAGUGCUGAAGCACAGAGUCUUCUAAGGAUGUUAUUCAAAAGAAAUCCAUCAAAUAGAUUGGGUUCAGAAGGAGUCGAGGAAAUCAAAAGACAUCUUUUUUUUGCAAAUAUUGACUGGAAUAAAUUAUAUAAAAGAGAAGUUCAGCCACCUUUCAAACCUGCUUCUGGAAAACCAGAUGAUACUUUUUGUUUUGAUCCUGAAUUUACUGCAAAAACACCCAAAGAUUCUCCUGGUUUGCCAGCCAGUGCAAAUGCUCAUCAGCUCUUCAAAGGAUUCAGCUUUGUCGCAACUUCCAUUGCAGAAGAAUAUAAAAUCACUCCAAUCACAAGUUCAAAUGUAUUGCCAGUUGUUCAGAUAAAUGGAAAUGCUGCACAAUUUGGUGAAAUAUAUGAACUGAAAGAGGAUAUUGGUGUUGGCUCCUAUUCUGUUUGCAAACGAUGCAUACAUACAGCUACCAACUUGGAAUUUGCGGUGAAGAUCAUUGACAAAAGCAAGCGAGACCCCUCAGAGGAAAUCGAAAUUUUGAUGCGCUAUGGACAACACCCCAACAUUAUUACUUUAAAGGAUGUCUUUGAUGAUGGUAGAUAUGUUUACCUUGUUACGGAUUUGAUGAAAGGAGGAGAGCUACUGGACCGUAUUCUCAAGCAAAAAUGUUUCUCAGAACAGGAAGCUAGUGAUGUACUGUAUGUAAUAACUAAGACACUUGAUUAUCUUCAUUGUCAAGGAGUUGUUCAUCGUGAUCUUAAACCUAGUAAUAUUUUAUACAUGGAUGAAUCAGCCAAUGCAGAUUCAAUUAGGAUCUGUGAUUUUGGGUUUGCAAAACAGCUUCGAGGAGAAAAUGGACUUCUCUUAACUCCCUGCUACACUGCAAACUUUGUAGCACCUGAGGUUCUUAUGCAGCAGGGAUACGAUGCUGCUUGCGAUAUUUGGAGUUUAGGAGUCCUUUUUUACACGAUGUUGGCUGGCUACACUCCAUUUGCUAAUGGUCCCAAUGAUACUCCUGAAGAGAUACUGCUACGUAUAGGCAAUGGCAAGUUCUCUUUGAGUGGUGGAAACUGGGACAAUAUUUCAGAUGGAGCAAAGGAUUUGCUUUCUCAUAUGCUUCAUAUGGACCCACAUCAGAGAUAUACUACUGAACAAGUAUUAAAGCAUUCAUGGAUAACCCACAGGGAUCAGUUGCCGAAUGAUCAGCCAAAGAGAAAUGAUUCAUCUCAUGUUGUUAAGGGAGAAGUUGUUGCCACAUAUUCUGCCCUGACUAACAAGACUUUUCAACCAGUCCUAGAGCCUGUAGCUGCUUCAAGCUUAGCUCAGCGAAGGAGCAUGAAAAAGCGAACAUCAACUGGCUUGUAAGAUUUGCAGUGUUCCUCAGCUAAACAGGAUGAAAAGAAAAUUAAACAUGUGACUUUUUGCCUAAUCUUAUAUCAAUAGCAUUGUUUUCUGCUACAUUACUUGAAUAUUCUGGUUAGGACCCCCUUUUUAAGGGGAAUGAAGUUACAAAAACACACAGGUCCACAAUAUUCAUACUAUGUUGUUUGUAGUCAUGUCCAAGUGUUUAUAUAAGAAAUAAAUGGUGUCCACAGGUCUUAACAACUUCUCUGCACACACACUUCUAAAAUUCUUUUCAAGUAAAAUUACUCUUAGUUUUAGCAUAUUCAAAUAGUAAUGUUUGGGGGAGUCAUGCUUUUAGUGCAAUGCCAAGCAAGAUCAGUAUUUUUUAACAUUUAAUCUUGAAAGAUAGGCUAUUUUUUUCCUAAAAAGAAAAACAAGUAUGUGGAAGCUUGUUGUGCAUAACCAAAGGAAUCCAUUCAUUUAUGGCUACUAAAUUAUCAUCAUAGUAGUUUGGUGCCAGAACGAGAUACAUUUAUCCUAAUAUAUGAUAUGGUUGGUGCCAAAGUCUUUAUGGAAGAAUUAAAUCACCAAUAAUGUGUGAGACAGACCUGUAUAUUUAUCCAUAAGUGGCCUCAUCUAGGAAAGAUUUUCUUAAGGUUUCUAACAUUUUACGAAUGAAAAAAAUAGCAACAUACUUUAUAUUGAUGUUGUAAUCUUCAAACUAGACCAUAGUUAGGCCUUUGAAAAUAAAGUACAUGGUGUUGACACUAUCUUGGUGUAAUGUAAUCUGACUUUCAAGUUAACUAAUUGGAUUUAAUCAUCAUCUAUCCCCUUUAUAAAUGAGCUACACUGUUGUUUUUCUGACUUCCAUGUGCUUUGAACUACAGUGUAGCAUACUGAUAUACCUUGAAUCCUAUGGUUACAUAGUUGAAGUUGUACUGUAGUGGACUUGUGCUCCUAGCACGUAUGAUAUAAUAUAAUGUAUUUCAGUAACUUUAGACAGUGCUACAUAAUAGUUAUGCUUUGAGAAGAAAAACUAGCAUUUUAAAUAGUAAUAUUGAUGAUCUAUAAAAAGUUUGAGCACAUUUAAAAAUCAUAUUUAUAAAAAAAUCUGUUCAAAUUGGUCUUAUUAUUAAAUUUAUAAUUCAGAACCACUGUGUUAAUAUGAAUUGUUUUCUCUAAAUACUGAAAUUUUGAAAAAUUGUUUUGUGUUGUUGAAGAAAAUACCAUUACUACUACUACUUCUACUACUACUACUACGACUACUACUACUGACAGAAAGAACUCAUGAAUGUAAUCUGAAGGAUAUCAUAGUUUUGUUUAGUGAAUAUAAUUGAACUACUUGUGUGUGCUAGGUGUACUGUUUGCUGUGUAUUUUAUUUUGCUUAAUUCAGAGAGAGUUGAUUGCUGAGUAUACAAUUUAGGCUAGAAGACAUGUAACUUUGGUAUUUAAUAAAACCAACUAUACAUCUUAUCUUUAUAAUGUAAGUGAUCUAUGCCCAUGCACAAAAAUCUGUUUCCUGGGUGUAAUAUAUAAAAGUAUGUACUCUUAUUUUGAGGUGUUUUUUGAAACAAUUAAAAAACAUUAUAAAGUAUCUAAUGCCACGUUGAAAUAUUACUUAGAAGUGGUUAAACUGGUACUAUAUUUUGUGGCUUUUUAUGUUCCAAUUUGGCUUUUUUCUUCAGUUUGCUUAAUUACAUUAAGUACUUGCAUGUAACAAUUUGUUUCUAAAUAUUUUGAGUUAUUUUCCUCUUGUCAUUAUCUUGUUUGUGUUGUUAUGCCGCCUUCUUAUCAGAAUUUACACCUCAAACUCAGAGGUAUAAUUUUGAUGCUGAAGUUUUCUGCACAGAAACUAUAUCCAUGUGUACUUUUCAUGUAAUAAAAUUAGGUGAAGUGAAAUUGAAAAAUUAAAAGUGAUCAGAAAAUAA